AUGGCACAAUUAAGCGAACAACAACGAAAUGAAAUUUUAGAAGUCGCCUUAAAAUUUGCGUGGAAGCUUAUAUAUCCGGUUGGAAAAUCACGUGUUGAAAAAUUAAUGGGAUCAAAUUUAGUUAGUUUAACCGAUAGAAAUUAUAUGCAAAAGUUACAACGAAGGAUCGUUGAAGAUUAUACUGAAAAUAUGAGCAAAAGAAUUUCAAGUAGACAGGCUAAAGAAUUGGAAAGGGUGAAAAAUUUGGUAUUGGUUGGUAAAAUUCCCUUAGAAAAAGCUCCCAUUGAAAUGGCUAAUCAUCCAGUGAUGUUAAUCGAAAAAUAUUUUAAUCCAAAAGAAUUUUCUACAAAAAAAGAUUCUAAAACAAAAAGAUUAAAGUUAACCAACCGAUCGAGUUCUAUAGAAACUUUACCGAUACUUGAAAGCACACACUGUGAAAAAAUUGAUGCAUUGUCUCCGAUAGAAAAUAAUUUAGGAGAGGACACUGAUGAAGAAGAAGCGCACUUUGGGACUGAAGGCAUUGAACUUGUCAAAUACGAAAAUCCAUUGAUAAAAGAAUUGAAAAACUGUGAGACUGUACACGAAAUGUAUGCACUUGCAGAUGAAAUAAUUGGAAAAAUAAAAACUGAACAUAGAAAACCUGAUGAAAUUUUACAACACAGCGACAAAAAUUUAUGA